GGUUGUUGGAUUGGGAGGAUGUGUCAGGUGGCUCAGGAUUCACAUACCUGUCUAAUGACCUUGAAGGCUAACUAUGUUUCUGGCACUCUCCAAGCUAGGCGGUGUAGUCAACAUAGAUGAUCCUAUUUAAAAUACGAGGAGGGAAGACACUGCAGCGACACCCCAUUAGGAGCAGUGAGAUAAGGUUUGGUGGGAAGGAGUGAGCCAAGGAAAGAACAACUCUCAGCUGAGAUGUAGGCUUAGAGUCAUUCAGAGCUCCACUCCCAAGGAGAAUGAGGAUGAUGGUGGGCAACAAACUGACUGCAUCCCAUCGCUUCUCUUCUGGAAAGCCCAGAUACCGCUGUGAGAAGCUGGCCUCGUUUCAUGCUGCACCUGGGCUGCUCAGCCCUCCCUGCAGUGGAGACACCUGCUGGUCCUUCUUUGGCUCUUUACUUGUGUUUCUAAACUGUCUUUUGCAGUAACAGCUCUGUGAUGAACCUGACCUCUAGAUUAGCAUCUGAUGAGCUUUGCAUGCCUCAGACUCAUUGAGUCAUGCAACAUCCUCUGAAGUAGGGGAAGGAAGAGUGGGAUUGUAAAGCCCCACUCUGCGGAAGUGCUGCCAUCUCGGCUUUGGAAUGAGGGGACGGAUAUCCGGAACUGGAGGGUUGUGUCCGCCCGUCUGUUACAGACAAGCUGCUGCGGCCAAUCCAAACACAGGCCUAUUCAAAUCGCACUAUGUAUCUCUCUGCUGUGAAAUAUCCCCAGUGGAUGACUUCCAAAGCCAUACAGGCCAACCCGUAAACAGGGCAACAAGGCAACAGUGAUAAACACAGAGGGAGUCUCUAGGGGCAGGUGGAGAGACGAGGUAACUGGAGUCCCUGAGUAAACACUUGCCUGGCUGGAGGCGUGCGGCGAUUAAGAGGACAGCCCUCAGGACUAGUGGUGUUUGAGGUGCAGGUGGUGAAAGCCGCAGGAACUGCCACCUUGCCAUUCUGCAGAGCUAGUUUAGGACCUGGGAAAUUGAGCUCAGCAUUUGAACGCAUGGCAGACUCGGGAAAUGCUCAGGAUUCGUGUGAGGUGACCAGCAGUGGCCGCAAUGAGAGCAAUAGCCCCUGGGUGGUGCCUCACCUGCUGAUAAAAAUGAUCAACAAGUUCCGAUGGAAGGUGAUCUUAGGGCUGGCGUUCUUUCUGGUGAUGGCCUGGUACUAUAUAUCCCGCGAAGAAAGGUACAUACAUCUUUUUUCUUUCCCCGUGCAAGAUGUCCGAAUGACGUGUCCCCGAGGAGAGAUGGGAAAGAAAGUCACGCUGCUCAUAGGAAAUUACACACGGGAUCAUCCAAUGUUUUUACACCUAAACGAUUACUUUUGGGUGAAGAACCGGUCGCCAUAUGAGCUGCCAUAUGGGACUAAAGGAAGCGAGGACAUUCUUCUCCGGGUGUUAGCGAUCACCAGCUACUCAGUGCCUGAAAGCAUCCAAAGCAUGAAGUGCCGAAGAUGUGCAGUGGUGGGGAAUGGACACCGACUCCGAAACAGCUCCAUGGGGGAAGCAAUCAACAAAUAUGAUGUGGUGAUCAGGCUGAACAACGCGCCGGUUCAUGGGUACGAGGCGGACGUGGGCUCCAAAACCACCAUGCGCCUGUUUUACCCAGAGUCCGCGCACUUUGACCCCAGACGGGAAAACAACCCGGAUACUCUGCUGGUACUGGUGCCAUUUAAACCCAUGGAUUUCCAAUGGCUGGAGAUGAUCCUCAAUGACAAGAAGCGAAUUCGCAAGGGGUUCUGGAAGCAGCCCCCUUUAAUCUGGGAUGCCAAUCCCGAGCAAGUGCGGAUUCUGAACCCUUACUUUAUGGAAAUUACUGCUGCUAAAUUGCUUAAUCUUUCCAUGAAGCAACCGCGGAAGAUUAAACAGAAGCCAACGACGGGAUUAUUAGCCAUCACCUUGGCAUUGCACUUCUGUGACCUGGUACAUAUCGCAGGCUUUGGAUACCCCAAUUCUGCCAAUAAGAAACAGACUAUACACUACUACGAGCAAAUCACACUAAAAUCAAUGGCCGCGUCGGAGCACAAUGUCUCGCACGAAGCAUUAGCAAUAAAAAGGAUGCUUGAAUUAGGCGUUGUCAAGAACCUUACGUACUUCUGAUGGGACGUGGACUAGAAUUUCCCUGAAUUGCCAUGGCCUCCACCUUGGCUGCCUGUCACCCAGCAUGUCCCAACAUCCACCCGGCCGGAGACACCACUGCUUCGCCGCAGGGCCCCAAGUGCGCUCCCUGCUCGUGGUGGGGGCUGGCUGCUGGGGACAGCGCUGGUCCUGGAGAAGGUAGACAGAGGGGAGAGGGCUGCGGAGUCCCACUCGGCCAGACUGAGGUGGCUUUCGGCCACGUCGUGUCAAGGCUCAGAAGCAGAACAUCUGAAAUCCUUACAGUCGUGGGGUGGCUGGAUCCCUUUGUGGCCAAGCCAACGCUGACUUGCCUGCCUUCAGGGCAGCGCAGAGGGUGCCCCCGUGGGAGAGGCCCUUGUGGCUUGCUGCUGCACCCAUCUCUUUGGCCUGUCCGCUCCACAUAGAGGACAGGGGUUCUUUGGCGCAUUCUUGAACUGAACCCUGGACAGCGGAAGAAUUGUCAACUUCUCGCCAGAUGGGUUUGCUCUCAGUCUGAAUGAGGCAGUGGGACUGGUUUGACACCCGCCCCCAUUUCCCCUUCCUGGGGUGGGGCUGGCUCUGGGGUGCGGCACAUGGGAAUGCUGCUGUAGGUGGAAGCUGUAAUGGUGUCUUUUUUUAAACAUUUAUUGGGGGGGAGGGGUACCAUGCAGUAUUUUGCUGAUGGGGUUUAGACCGACACCCCCCCGCCCCCCCGUGCUGCUUCCCAGUGGGAAUGGGGAGCUGGCGAUCAAAGUGGGGGCAGGGAGGCAGAGUGGUGGGAGCAUUAAAUUAUUCUUCACUGACAGAGCACAGCUGCCUGCCUCUCCCCUGCCCCCCCGCAGUGAAGGGGAGGACUUUGAACUCUGUUCUGUAAGAGGGCCUAGCAUGGGGUGCUAAGGUUUGGAGGAGGAAUCGUGGCCGCUCCAGGAAUGAGCUGCCCCCAGGGCCGCCUCUGCUGUGGGGCAGAGAUUGGUCCGGGGAUACCCUCUGCUUGGCCGCACUCAAGGAACUGAAGUAGGAAUAAAUAGGGUUUUCUUUUCCUUUUUUUAAAAACUUCUGAUCAAAUUCUGUUUUUUUUCCCCCCCCGCCUUCAAUUGCAAGUGCAUUUCUUCCAGGGAAGAGGGGUCAGACUGACAACCUGGGGAUUGCAGCCCUCAGUUUAUCCAUAGAACAGGUACCACCAUGGGCGGUGAGUGAACAUCCCCUUCAGGGAGGCUAGGCCCCAGCCCCGCCCUUCUGCCCGAGGCCUCCCCCUGCUCCCCUUCCCCACUCCUCACCCACCGGAGCCCCAAGCGUGCCCCACCACCAACCGCAGCCGGAGGAGCCUCAGCUGUACCGCCCUGACCCACCUGCCCGAGCCGACCCCUGCCGGCUUCAGGGAGAGGGGAAGCCCCGUCCAGGAGGCGGCACGUGGGCAGGGACACGGCCUGGGUUAGGAGAGGCUUAGCCUCCCCUGGCUUAUGACACCCACCAACCAUUGGGUACCACACAGGCUCCCAGCCAACGUGUCUUGGCCCUAAACUUGCAGGGCUGAGACGGGAGGUAAGUCUCCAUAGCCCGCCCUGCAAGCCGUCUCUUCUCCGCUGAGACUCCUAGCCUUCAGGCUCUGGGCACACGUUCCCUGGGAGCCGGUCCUUGAGAUCCUGAAGCGGGGCUGGGGGCAUGCAUGCUGCCAAAGCCCAGAUCUCUCACUGGGAUGGGGGAAUAGGGGGAAAGAUUCUUCUUCAAGCUGCUGACCCAAAGGGGCUUGGACUCGUUGGGACAGAGCAGAAAUGUCUCUCUUGAGCAGGCAGUGCUGUGGCUCAAUGCUAGUUAAUUUAACUAAUUUAAAUGAUUAUUUAUCUGAGACACAUUGGUGUCUACUGCAGAACGAGUGUAAUGUUGUUUCCAUUGAAUUGCCCUGUGGGGCAGCUAAGGAACAGUGGGGUUGAAACUGUAUCAUCCUUCUGCUUUGCCUGAAGGGGGAGUGACCUUUGGGGAUACUCCCUUCUAACCCAGCUCCAAUGCAGGGCAAGUACUCAGCCCCCUCUUAUCCUCCAUAGUGGCCCAGGCUUGGGGUAGCAGUUUUGUGCCCUGGUGUCUGUAGGGCUUUGACUUCAUCACUAAGCAUCUAACCCCACUGAAGGACUCCCGUUGACUUAGUGAGUGCUGGAUCGGGGCCCAAAGCUCUUUGUACCACUGCACCCCUUCUCCCUUGUAGCACAGUCAGGCAUGUGUAACAUGGCUGGUACCACUAGGGGGCAUGGCUAGGGAAUGAAGGGGUGUGUGUGUGUGUGUUGUGUCCAUCCUUGCUGGAGGUGUGUGUUUGUCUGCCCAUCCCUGCUGCCCCCUGCUGGAGGGGUGUGCGUGUGUGUGUGUCCAUCCCUGCCCCCUCUGCUGAAGGGGGGUGUGUGUGUCUCCCUCCCCAUCCCUGCUGGGGGGGGUGUAUGUAUGUGUGUGUGUCCCCGUUCCUGCUGUCUCCUGCUGAAGGGGUUGGUGUGUCUGUCUGUCCAUCUGUCCCUGCUGCCCCGUGCUGGAGGGGUGUGUGUGUGUGGGUGUGUGUGUAUAUACAUACAUCUCCCAGGGCUGUUUGGUUCUCAGUACUCACAGCAGCCGGCUAUCAUCCGCUGAGGGAAGCCAGGAAAUCCCUGCCUGGAAGUGCAGCCUGUCCAGUGGGCACAGCGCUGGCUGCCCAGUGUAUCGUGUCCCUCCUCGGGAACCCCACCUACAGGCUCCUAAUCUGAGAGCCCCAGUCCAAGGGGCCAUCGCAGAGGAGGUAGCUGAGCGCUGGGUGUACUGGGGAGAAGCAGGGGUAGGUGGGGUCUGAUGCAGGGACCAGGGUGAGAAGCAGGCUGGACACUGGGUGUUGCUAGAUGGGGAGAACAGCUCAGCCCUCCCUAGACCGUGAAAUGGCAGCAGGGUGACUAUGGCAGCCCAGUGGCCGUAGCUGCCCUCUGCAGGGCCAGUACCCAUCCAGCACAGUGGGCGCUGUGUGGACAUGUAUGAGGAUGGGCACAGGGCUUGCGGUCUCAGCAGAGUGUCCCCACUCUCAUUCCUCCACUACAUGCGCUGCAGAGUGCUGCUGAAUCCCAUGCUCAGGCAGGCAAGGAAGGGGAUCCCCCCAGCUCCCUUUGUUGAGCUCUGAAGGGUGGCGGAAGAUUUCUCAGCUGCCUCUUUGGGCCUGUCCCUGGUGUCUCGGUGGCCCUUGGCUGCUUGGUACCUUGCAGUGACGGCAGUGGUGGAACCAAUGUGCCCCUGCUCCAAAAGUGCAGGGCUCCGUUGCUGGGUUUCCAAAACAUUUGGCAUUUGCAAAGGUUUUUUAGGUGGAGGGAGGUGUGGAAGGGGAGAGGGAGGUGUGGAAGGAAAUCACGAGAGACAACUUCUGCCCCUGCUCUCCGAGACCCGUGUACCACAGGAGCGAUGGCACAGUGUGGUCCUCCCUGGGUCUGAUGGAGCUGUUCCCGAACUUCAGCAAGAACUUCAGCGUCCCGCCUGGGUGUCCAGAUUUGAUCCCCUGGGGGCAGAACAUUGAAAUAUUUACUGUACGGUACAUGUCAACUCUAAACUCCGUCACGCUCACUGGUCUUUGGAAUGCUAGCGAUCUCAAUCCCAGUUUCCUCCGAAGAUGACUGAUGUAUUACACUAUGGUUCUAUUGUAAAGACUUUUUUUUUAAGAGUUUUUUUAUAAAAGAAUUCUUGCUCCAAAGACUGUACAUAGGUAAAUCUGCAAGAUGUACUGAUUGUCCCUUACCGUCUAGAUUGUAUAUAUUGUAAAUCUAGAUUGCAGUUUAAAAAAAAAAAAUCUGGUGUGAAGAAUGAAACAUAUGUUUAAAAAUGGCAAAACAACAUCAUUUGUGGAUAAAACACUAAAAAAGGCA